UAGUUUUUGGAUGGGUGGAGUUGCUCUCAGGAAUCCCUCUUCUCUUCCUCCUCCUCCACAUCUCUCUCUUUCCUUUUCUUUUCCUCUGCUGUGUUCUGGAUUUCUUUUCUUGAACUUGAAUCCUCUUGGUCCUGGUCUCCAACUCAACUAGAAAGAAAAGCUAUUUGAAAGAUUUGAAAGGAAAAAGGAGUGGGAGAACCAUCAAAGAGUCACUGGAUGAUGAUUUGAAGCAAGAAGGGAAGAGGAAGGAAAUCAAAUUAGCUUUUGUUGCUUGUAGUAACCUUUUAAAACUAGGGUUUAGUUUCAGAUCUCAGCAUGUAUGUCUUGUAAAAGGUGAUAUAUAUGUAGUUCAUCAUGAGUGAAUCAUUGUAGUUUGUGUCAUCAUCCACUAAUUAAAUAUAUAGAGAGAGGGACAGAGAGAUGAUAAGAGGUUUGGUAGUGGAUGAGAAUAUGUCCAAUUUGACUUCUACAUCUGGUGAAGUAAGUGCUUCUUCAGGAAGCAGAAUUGAAUACCCACCACAACAGUCUGUUGCUUCAUCAAAUCAAGCAGCACCUCAAAAGAAGAAGAGAAGCCUUCCAGGCAAUCCAGAUCCAGAAGCAGAAGUCCUAGCUUUAUCUCCCAAGACACUGUUGGCCACCAACAGAUUUAUCUGUGAGAUCUGUAACAAAGGGUUUCAGAGGGAUCAGAAUCUGCAGCUUCACAGAAGAGGGCAUAAUUUGCCUUGGAAGCUGAAGCAAAGAACAAGCAAAGAGGUGAGGAAGAAGGUGUAUGUCUGUCCAGAGCCUACAUGUGUGCAUCAUGACCCAUCAAGAGCUCUUGGAGACCUCACUGGGAUCAAGAAGCACUUCUGCAGAAAGCACGGUGAGAAGAAGUGGAAGUGUGAGAAAUGCUCAAAACGGUAUGCCGUUCAAUCAGAUUGGAAAGCUCACUCCAAGAUUUGUGGCACCAGAGAGUACAGAUGUGACUGUGGAACCCUCUUCUCCAGGAGGGACAGUUUUGUCACCCACAGAGCCUUCUGCGACGCUUUAGCAGACGAGAGUGCCAGAGCAAUCACCACUGCCAACCCACUUCUCUCCUCCGCACAACCGUCGGCCGGUUCCUCUUCAAUGUCCAAUUUGGUCAAUCUACAGCAACCCCUCUCGGUGAAGAGAGAACAGGAUCAUCAUUUUAGCGGAAAAACAGACAGUGUUAUUCCCUCGUGGCUAGCUUGUCCACCGGGAGUAGAAGUGGGUCCAGGUCCUUUUCCGGCGUUAGAUCUUUCAUCUUCACCGUUGUUUCCCUCUGCGAGUUUUGAAAACCCUAGUUCUGCACUUCCUCCCUUCCAGGCUGCUGCUAGUACGGUUUCUCUGCACAUGUCUGCAACUGCCCUCCUACAAAAGGCGGCACAAAUGGGCGUGACCAUGAGCAAACCCUUACCGUUGUCUGAAACCACCGCACGUGAAGACAUGGGAAGUGGGUUGACGUUUCCUGAUCAUCACGGCUUGGCAUCAUUCGGGAGCAAAGCUUCCAAUUUCAUGGAACAGACAAGUGCUAGUGCUACCGGAGGAGUAGCGGCAGCAGCUCCAUCAUUUCUGCAUGGCAUGAUGAGCACUUUGGCUCCGGUGGGUGGGUUUGACGGCUCCUCUUCCCAUUUCCCUCAGACUUUCACUGGGAUGUUGAAUCCUACACAGAGAGACUACAAUUUUCAAGAAAAUCUCCUGAAAACGACGGAAUCCCGAGCAGGCUUAGGAGUACACGACGGCUUGACCAGAGAUUUCUUGGGUCUAAAGGCUUUUCCAGCUGGACUUAAUGCCAUGAACAAUCCUUCUUCUUCAGUUUAUGGGCAACACAACCAGCAGGGUCAAAUGUCGUGGCAAGGUAAUUAGGUUAAGCUCCAAGGUGCAAUCUUCACCUUUUUCUUUGGCAAAUUAAAAGAGUUCUUCAAUAUAUAUAUAUAUAUAUAUAUAUAUUUCAAUCUUUUGUUCUUCUCAUGAGACUGAGGAGAAAGAAGAAAGCAAAACUGCAACUUAUUUUUCUGUGGUAAUAUCAAUAUAUACAGCAACAAUAC